AUGUUGAUGUUUUGUUUCGGAGCUGGCUGAGCGAUGUGAACUGUAUCGUCUUCGGGACGGGUUGAUAUUUUUCUGUAGUCGUCUCCACGGUUCUUCUUGUACUCUUCUCUCGGUAAGGUUCCGCUGUUCGUCGGCAUCGUGUCUGUCCCGGUGUCUCUCCCGGGAAGCGCGAGCCUGAGUCGUGCGAUGAUGGAGGACUUUGAUGAGAUCUACGAGGAGGAGGAGGAGGAAGAGGAGGACGAGGACAGGGCCGCGGAGGAGCAGCUCCUCAAGUACGCUCCGGACCCGGUGGUGGUGCGAGGGUCCGGCCACGUCACUGUGUUUGGGCUGAGUAACAAAUUCGAGUCAGAAUUUCCUUCAGCACUUACAGGAAAGGUGGCACCAGAGGAAUUCAAAGCCAGUAUCAACCGUGUAAACAGCUGCCUGAGGAAGACCCUGCCAGUGAAUGUGAGGUGGCUCCUGUGUGGCUGCCUCUGCUGUUGUUGCACACUGGGCUUCAGUUUGUGGCCUGUCAUCUGCCUCAGCAAGAGGACAAGAAGAUCUAUAGAGAAACUUCUGGAGUGGGAGAACAGCAGACUUUACCACAAGUUGUGUUUGCAUUGGAGGCUGAGCAAAAGGAAGUGUGAAACUAACAACAUGAUGGAAUAUGUAAUCUUAAUAGAGUUCUUACCUAAGAUCCCCAUCUUCAGACCAGACUAGCCCGACUGUGGCAGAUCUCAGACCUCCACUGCUGCCCAGCUCUGCCACAGAACCACAAUGGCUGAAUAAAUACCCCAAUAUUUUUGUUUACAGGGUAGCAUCAAUCCUCCUGUCUAUUUGACCCGCUCUCCCACACAUACCUUCUCUUCACCCUUGUUUACAAAUCCAGCAUCCCAACACUUGUUUUUUUUGGAGUGAAUUCACCAUUGAACUAUAACCUAUGGGGCAAGCUGGCACACUGUUGAGCCACGCUAACCGGCACCAGCCUGUGGAAUGUCAGAGUAAACCAGCCAUGGGCAGCACUAUGGAUUUUGGAGCUACAGCCGGAGACUGGACUCUCAAACUGAGUUCUCUGAGCUACGACUGGAAUUUUGUCACUUGUAUUUUCCCUAACCUAAGCACAUGGCACAGUCAGACCAUGAUAAAAGAAACACUUUAACAUGUUACCUAGUGUCACACCGCCAACUUCACCUGCAAAAAAUACACCCCAGUGCUUUUGUAACAGUUGGUUUGGUGCUCUAGAUCGUCACCAGAGGCUGUGAAGGCAACAGAACAUGGAACUCCAAAGGAAACUUUAUCCAAAUCAACUCUGUAGCAGACAGACUAGUCUUACAGGAGCAUGCUGGGCCAGUGGCCAGAACAGCUGAACUCAACAAUGUCACUCUUCUUAUCAAAUACCAGACAUCCUCUCGCCUCCUUUCAUAUCUCUGCACACUCCACUCUGCGUCACCCCUAACCCAGUGACAAUCACACAUUCUGACUGUACUCUCCAUAGUAUGAUUGGGUCUUCGUGCUGCACAGUUUACCUGGAACAAUUUGUCUUCAACAUUUUGUUAGUCCAGGUGAUGGGCUGGCUGCCAAGCAACUGCUUCUGAAUCGCAGUGGAACAAGUAAGCUGAAAAGAAAGCCACUAGUGAUGAAGAGAAGGAACCUUUUUUUUCUUUCUUUUUUUUCAAGUUUUGUUUACUAUUUUGGUGAAAGAAAAGCAGUUAAUGCUUGCAAAAUGUUUCACUGUUAGUGUGUGUGUGUGUGUGUGUGUGUGUGUG